AUGCGCAUCGCGGAGCUCCUGGCGCUGGCCGCCAUCGCUUCCACGAGCCUCGCCGCCGCCGACGAGGUCUGCAGCCUCAUUCGGGCCAAGUCGCUCUCCUUCUGCUCCAUGGUCGACUACGUGGCCGUCACUGGCGCCGACGACCCAACAGGCGCCGCCGCCGACGCUGACGCCGCCACCUACUAUGCCAGCGUCGAAAAGAUCCUCGACCGGUUUGGCUGCAGCACCAAGUACAGUCUGUACAACUGCGACGACUGCCAGGAUGCAUACAAGUACUGGGUCUGCGCCGUGCAGUUCCAGCGCUGCGGCGGCAGCGGCCAGUCGGCGACAGCCAUUUGCCCAAGCGUCGCCAACGGCUGCGACCCAUUCCGCACGCGGACCUGCCUCUCGAUCUGCGAAGACGUGAUCCGAAAGUGCCCCUAUGUGCUCAAUUUUGCCUGCCCGGCCGAGGACACGGAGUACUUCUCGUCCGACUUGGUCAACUGCAACCGAUUGGACCGGACGCAACACCCCGACAAUCCGGCGCUUGGAUGGCCCGGCACGUUCGCUUCGAGCUAGGACAACUCUAUCUCGACAUAAAGCACGACGG